AAGAUCAUACGCAUCUAAAAUUAGAAAAACUAUGUGGAGAAGGGAUACAAUAUCGCAGUGUCAUAUGUACAGAAGUUAAAGCAAAAUCGAUUGAUUGCUACGACAAAUCCACAAUGCGUGGUGGAUACUGCUCUGUAAGAACUAAAGUAAGUGACACGUUGUGCAAUACACAAAAACCUGAACUAUAUAGAAGAUGUACAAAAGAUUGCCAUCAAGACUGCAAAUUACACUCAUGGGGAAGAUGGUCGUCUGAAUGCCUAGAUGGGAUAUGUGUUAUGCAAAAUACAGAAACUAUAACAGGCCAUAGGAUAAGAAGAAGAACGAUUGCUAUUCAACCAUCAACUCAUGGGAGGAAAUGUCCUCAUCUAAUGGAAAGCUCUCGAUGUCAGUAUCCGUUGUGCUUUUCAUGGGCGUAUGAUGAAUUUGGCGAUUGUAUUGUUGAUCCACCUUUUAACAAAACCACGGGUUCUGUAGUUUGCCAACAUGGACUAAAAUGGAGAAAGGUCUUCUGUUCUGACCAUAACAUGGUAAAACAAAUGCUCCAAUAUUAGAAUUACCUCAUUUUAUAUCUUCAAAGCAGCCAGGUCUCUUUAGACUUUCAUUCACCAGUUCU